UUUUCUCAGGAUCUCCCAAGUUCCCAACUAUGAGAGAUCAACACAUUCCUGCCUGAUAUGACUCUUCUGCGAGAUCCCAAUCAUUAAGAAAGAACACUCUCCUGCCAAACAGGACCUCUCUCUCUUUCUGUCCCUCCUCCUCCCUCUGCUGCUCACACUGCAAAUGUUGACAAGAAGUAGAACCCUCCCAAGCAGGAUUGCUUAUGACUCGUCGGGAGAUCAGAGCCGGGAAAGCAGGCACUACGUGCAAGUGGACGUGGAGCCCAAGCUCCACGAGCACGCAGCAGUCACCGGCGCAGCAGCAACGGCAGCAGCUGCUCCCCUCUCCGUGGCCGCCUUCUCCAAAUGCCUCGAUGAUGACGGCCGCCCCAAAAGAACCGGAACUGUCUGGACGGCAUCGUCCCACAUAAUUACUGCAGUGAUAGGAUCAGGAGUGCUGUCCCUUGCCUGGGCCAUGGCUCAGUUAGGUUGGGUGGCGGGUCCCGUGAUCAUGAUCCUAUUCGCCUUGGUCAUUCUUUACACCUCCAAUCUCCUUUCUGCUUGCUACCGGACAGGAGAUCCGGCCACUGGUAAAAGGAACUACACCUACAUGGAUGCCGUCAAGUCCAAUUUAGGCGGCACAAAAGUAAGCUUAUGUGGCUUUAUUCAGUACGUCAAUCUCUUUGGGAUUGCGAUUGGAUACACCAUUGCAGCAUCCAUCAGCAUGAAGGCGAUGAAAAAGUCGGAUUGCCGGCACAAGAGUGAGGGAAAGGAUCCAUGUCUCAUCUCCAGCAAUGGCUACAUGAUCACAUUUGGACUGAUUGAGGUGGUGUUCUCUCAGAUUCCCGACUUUGAUCAGAUAUGGUGGCUCUCCAUUGUCGCUGCAGUCAUGUCCUUCACAUAUUCUACAGUCGGUCUCAGCCUUGCAGCAGCCAUAGUUAGGCAAGACGGGCAUAUUAGAGGAAGCGCCAUGGGCAUAAGCAUAGGAAAGGUGACGGGAGCUCAAAAAGUAUGGAGAAGCCUCCAAGCUUUAGGGGACAUCGCCUUUGCCUACUCAUACUCCAUCAUCCUAAUUGAGAUCCAGGAUACAAUAAAAUCGCCACCAGCAGAGCACAAGACAAUGAAGAAGGCCACACUGCUAGGUGUGGUGGUGACCACCGUCUUCUACAUGUUGUGUGGAUGCAUGGGGUAUGCUGCUUUUGGAGACGACUCUCCAGGGAACCUGCUGACUGGUACAGGGUUCUCCGAACCAUAUUGGCUUCUUGACAUCGCCAACCUCGCCAUUGUUAUCCACUUGGUUGGAGCUUAUCAGGUAUUUUGCCAACCACUUUUUGCCUUUGUGGAGAAGUGGAGUGCCCAAAGGUGGCCAAAGAACAGUCUCAUAACCAAUGGAAGAAACAUCUGCCUCCCCUUGUUUGGCUCCUACAACUUGAAUCUGUUCCGACUUGUAUGGCGUACAGCCUUCGUCGUUCUAACCACUGUUAUCUCCAUGCUCAUGCCCUUCUUCAACGACGUAGUCGGGAUCCUUGGCGCCCUCGGCUUCUGGCCUCUAACUGUUUACUUCCCAAUAGAAAUGUACAUCAACCAGAAGAAAAUAAGCAAGUGGAGCAGUAGGUGGCUUGGGCUGCAGAUCUUGAGCUUUGCUUGCUUGCUUGUCUCUGUAGCUGCUGCAUGCGGUUCCAUUGCUGGAGUAUUCCUUGAUCUCAAAUCUUACAAGCCAUUCAAGAAUAGUGAUUAAUAAGUUCAUGCAUCCUGCAGUCAAAACUUGGCUAGACCAGGUGGUCUAUCUUUUCCUGUUAGUCUACAUGUCAGCUGACCUUAAUAUGUAUUUGGACCAUUUGAACACUAUUGUUUUGAAUGAUGUACGAUGCAAGGUGAA